ACAAUUGCCAAAGAUGAAAUGCUUGCAAAUUAUGUACCAGUAUACGUGAUGCUCCCAUUAGGAGUUGUUACAAAUGAAAAUGUGAUAGAAGACAGAGCGGGACUGGAGAAACAACUGAGGAAGCUACACGCAGCAGGUGUUGAUGGGGUUAUGGUUGAUGUGUGGUGGGGUAUAGUAGAAUCCAAGGGGCCUGGCCAAUAUGAUUGGUCCGCUUACAAGACCUUGUUUCAAUUGGUUCAAAAGUGCGAAUUGAAGCUACAAGUUAUAAUGUCGUUUCACCAAUGUGGAGGGAAUGUGGGAGAUUCGGUUUUCAUCUCUCUACCUAAAUGGGUCCUUCAAGUUGGAGAAGCAAACCCUGAUAUCUUUUACACCAACUACAAAGGUAUCAGGAAUAAGGAAUGUUUAUCCCUCGGGGUGGACAACCAACCUGUGUUUCAUGGACGAAGUCCGAUUCAGGUGUAUGGAGACUACAUGAGGAGUUUCAGAGAUAAUAUGAAAGAGUUUCUUAAAUCUCAGCUCAUGGUAGACAUUGAAGUAGGACUUGGCCCUGCAGGAGAACUCAGAUAUCCCUCUUACACACAAAUUCUGGGGUGGGUAUUUCCUGGUAUUGGAGAAUUUCAGUGCUAUGACAAAUAUCUUAAAGCUGAUUUCAAAAAGGCUGCAACAGAGGUAGGCCAUCCUGAGUGGGAGCUGCCAGAUAAUGCUGGAGAAUCGAACGAUAUACCGGAAUCUACAGAAUUUUUCAAAUCAAGUGGAACUUAUCAAACCGAGAAAGGCAUUUUUUUUCUGACAUGGUAUUCCAACAAGUUGUUAACCCAUGGUGAUGAUAUAUUGGAUGAAGCCAACAAAGUAUUCCUUGGUUACAAAGUGAAAUUAGCAGCAAAAGUUGCCGGAAUCCAUUGGUGGUAUAAGACAGAAAGCCAUGCUGCAGAGCUUACCGCAGGAUAUUACAACUUAAAUCAUAGGGAUGGAUACAGACCCAUAGCAAGGAUGCUUUCCCGACACAAUGCUAUUUUAAAUUUUACAUGUCUUGAGAUGAAAAAUGAUGAGCAACCAGGUAAAGCAAACAGUGGAGCCGAGGAACUAGUGAAGCAGGUUCUUAGUGGCGGCUGGGCGGAGAACAUUGAAGUUGGAGGGGAAAAUGCACUUGCAAGAUAUGACCGUAAAGCUUACGAACAGAUACUUUCAAAUGCUAGACCGAACGGUAUUGCCAAAUUUGGCUAUCCCACACUAAUAAUGUAUGGCGUGACAUACCUCCGUUUAUCAGACAUGUUAAUGAUGCAGAGAAACUUUGACACAUUCAAAGCCUUCGUGAAAAACAUGCAUGCAAAUAUGGAUUACUGUCCGGACCCGGAGAGGUACUAUCAUUCCACACAACCUAUGGAGCGAUCAGAAGCAAGGAUUCCAUUAGAGCUUCUUUUGGAAGCAACCAAACCAUUAGGGCAUUUUCCAUGGUUAGAUGAGACGGAUGUAACCCGGAGUGUGCUUACUGUUUUUCUUCAUUACAUACUUGCUACUGUUUUACGCAUACUCAGAAUAAAAGUAAACUAG